CUGGCGCCAGGCUGCGCGGGGACUGACGCUGAGACCUAUCUGCACCAGCCGGGCCGACCGGCCUUGAGCGCGAUGGGGCGCCGCGCCGCCCGGGGCCCCGGGCCCCCGCCCCGACCGGCCCGCAGGCCCGGGCUCCCAUCGCUGCCUCUGCUGCUGCCUCUGCUGCUGACGCUAGCCGCCCGCGGGGGCUGCGCCGCGCCCGCGCCCCGCUCAGAGGACCUCAGCCUGGGGGCGGAGUGGCUAAGCAGGUUUGGCUACCUGCCCCCGGCAGACCCCACCACAGGGCAACUGCAGACCCAAGAGGAGCUAUCCAAGGCCAUCGCAGCCAUGCAGCAGUUUGGCGGCCUGGAGGCCACUGGUGUCCUGGAUGAGGCCACCUUGGCACUUAUGAAAACCCCGCGCUGCUCCCUCCCGGACCUCCCUGCCUCGGCCCCAGCUCGGAGGAGGCGCCAGACUUUGGCCCCGACCAAGUGGAACAAGAGGAACCUGUCCUGGAGGGUCCGGACAUUCCCACGGGACUCAGCCCUGGGGCGAGACACAGUGCGGGCACUUAUGUACUACGCUCUCAAAGUUUGGAGUGAUAUCACGCCACUAAACUUCCAUGAGGUGGCAGGCAGUGCCGCCGACAUCCAGAUCGACUUCUCCAAGGCUGACCACAAUGACCGCUACCCUUUUGAUGGCCCUGGUGGUACUGUGGCACAUGCUUUCUUCCCUGGUGACCGUCACGCUGCAGGGGACACCCACUUUGACGAUGAUGAAGCUUGGACCUUCCGCUCCUCCGAUGCCCACGGAAUGGACCUAUUUGCAGUGGCUGUCCACGAGUUCGGCCAUGCUCUGGGGCUGAGCCACGCAGCUGCUGCAAACUCCAUCAUGCAGCCGUACUACCAGGGCCCAGUAGGUGACCCACUCCGCUAUGGUCUCCCCUACGAGGACAGAGUGCGCAUUUGGCAGCUGUAUGGCGUGCGGGAGUCUGUGUCCCCCACAGUCCAGCUGCACACUCCAGAGCCCAAGGAGCCUCCCCUGCUGCCAGAGUCCCUCGACAACCGGUCCAGCAUUCUGCCUCGGAAGGAUGCGCCACACAGGUGCAGCACUCACUUUGACGCGGUGGCCCAGAUCCGAGGAGAAGCUUUCUUCUUCAAAGGCAAGUACUUCUGGCGGCUGAACCGAGACCGGCACCUGGUGUCUCUGCAGCCGGCGCAGAUGCACCGCUUCUGGCGGGGCCUGCCACUGCACCUGGACAGCGUGGACGCUGUGUACGAGCGCACCAGUGACCAUAAGAUCGUCUUUUUCAAAGGAGACAGAUACUGGGUGUUUAAGGACAAUAACGUAGAGGAAGGAUACCCGCGGCCCAUCUCGGACUUCAGCCUCCCGCCAGGCGGCGUCGAUGCUGCCUUCUCCUGGGCCCACAAUGACAGGACUUAUUUCUUUAAGGACCAGCUGUACUGGCGCUACGAUGACCACAUGCGGCGCAUGGACCCCGGCUACCCCGCCCAGAGCCCCCUGUGGAGGGGCAUCCCCAGCACGCUGGAUGACGCCAUGCGCUGGUCUGAUGGUGCCUCCUACUUCUUCCGUGGCCAGAAAUACUGGAAAGUGCUGGACGGCGAGCUAGAGGUGGCGCCUGGCUACCCGCAGUCCACGGCCCGGGACUGGCUGGUUUGUGGAGACCAGCAAGUUGACGGCUCUGACGCAACAGGCACCAAUGGGGCAGAUGGGGCCCACGCACCACCCGGACAGCACGACCAGAGCCGCUCGGAAGACGGCUACGAGGUCUGCUCCUGCACCUCCCAGGCUUCCUCUCUCCCAGGGGCCCUAGGACUGCUGGUGGCCACCAUGUUACUGCUGCUGUUGAUCUUGCCAAGCCUCCUAUGGACAGCGGUCCAGGCCCUGGCACUAUGACAGGCAAUGUUGGCCUGGGAGAGGGCAGAGGAGUCAGGACAGUAUACCACAGAGGGCAAGACCAGUCCCGAGCACGAACUUGGGAACCAGCCUCACUGCUUAGGACACGCUGGGCCCCGCUACCACACACAGGAGAGGGGCCAGCAGAGGGUGCUGCCUGCCACGGCCAGGAACUGUCUGGAGGUCUGAGACAGCUGGCCACCCCUUGUUGAGGGCUUGGGCUGCCCAGGACUUCACUGCUGAGAAAGACACAUCUGCCUCCGGCCAGCUCCUGCCAGCCCUGGAAGGAGUAGCCUGAUUUAGGAGGGUGACCCACCAGCCUCACCGAGUUUCCCCACCACCUUGUGCUUCCACCCACCCAUGGACCCGUCCAUCCCCAGGUCCCCAGCAGGCCUGAUGGCCACCUUGUCGCAGGCAGCCCCCACCACACAGAUGAGCCUCCCAGAGGGGCCAUGGUAUGUCUCUCCUUGUGACGCAUUCCAGACAAACACAACCUCUCCCUGCUUUGUAAUGGGUUGGCUCCCUGGCACUUGGGGGCCUCGGGGAUGAGAGCCCUUGGGUAUGGAGUUUCACCUCCUCCCAGAUGUCAUCAAUACCUCCCUGUGUAUGUGGUGUCUCCUGAAAUUCUCAGUAUUCCCUAGGGGUCCUCAUGCCCAUUGCACACUUGGGAGGGUUGAGCUCCAGGGCAAAUAAGCCCUUGUGGCAGGCAGGUUGAGGGUCAGUCUGGGGGUGCAGACGGGGAUCGUUUAACCAGCAGUCCUCACCAGGCACCUGCUUACAUGGGCUGGACUCGGCCCUUAGUGUGUGGUGGCAAAGGACACGAACAUUUCUUCUCAGGCAAAGGGCUCAGGUCACUGUCGUCCAGGCAGUAGGUCCAGCCCAAAGUGGCUGAGCAUCAGCUCCUGGGUGCCCCCUCACACAUGGAGGCGGAUUCACAGCAGCUCCUUCCUUUCCCAUACUCAUGCCCUACAACCUCUCUCUCUACUCUCCCUGACCAGCAAGUGACUUCUCUGUGUCAUAUGGGGUGGGCUUUGGGCUGGGUCAUUCCUAGGUGGACAUCUGGCACUGAGCAGCCCCUGUCUGGUGGGAUCAGGGUCCACCCAGUACCUGGAGCUAAAGUGGUUCCAUUGAGAAGAGGGCUGUGGGUACAGACAGACCAUCAGCCAGUAGGAGGCUGCUGGGGUUGGGGCUGGGGCUUCUCAGGGCAGGACUUCUCUGGCCACCAGGCCAGCAGUGCCAGAGCUAUGUAAUCUGCCCUUCCUGAGCCUUGCUGCAUCAGAGCUCUGGACUAGGGUGGCUGUCGUCCCCUGACCAAAGCACUGAAAAUCCGUGCGAUGCUACAUCCUAAAGUCCAGAAAGGCAGUCCUCCUGUGUGGAGGAGGGAGGGACGAGGAGUCCAUGGCAGAUACCCUUGGCCUAUGCAGGUGGGCCUUGGUGAGGAGAGUGCUGCGGGAAGGCCCAGCAUAUGGGCCCCAGGUGCUGGAAGGCACUGGGGCCACUGAAGGCAGAGCAGGGAGCUGCUGGUCUCACCCCCAGCUCCAGGGCAGGGCUGAGGUACCCACAGCAUAGGGAAAGAAGCAGGUGUCUGCUCCCAGUUGACAAUCAUGCUUCACACUUCCUGACACUAGCAAGCACAGGCAGGCUGGGACCCACUUCCUGACCCCCGGGGCCCAUCCCAAAAUCUGCCAGGGCUCAUAGAGCCCUGCUACUCCUGUGUCCAUCUGUUUACCAUCUGCUCCUGGAGUUGGGAAGACUCCCUGCCUAUCAGACCAGCCGGAUGGACUGGGGUCUAUGGGGAGACGUCCUCUCUUCCCAAGUGGGAAUGGGUCCCUCCUGAUGGGGACACAGGCUUUGCACUGCCCCAAGUAUGUUUCCUGCAUCAUCCACUUUGUGGACCCCUGAGCAGCUGGGAAACAGUCCACAAGGCCCCAAGUUGCCCCUGCCACGCCUGGAAAGCAAGGCUUGGGAGUCCUUUCCCCAGAGCCACCUUGCCGAAGUUUUAAAGCCCAAACACAGUUUUUUGUUUGUUUGUUUGUUUUGUUCUUUUAUUGUUGGGGAUUCAUUGAGGGUACAGUAAGCCAGGUUACACU